AUGAUGCCCAGCGGCGAGGAUGCUGCCAUCAAACGGGUCCUUCAGGAUAAGCGUUUCAAGAAUCGUGAAUUGCAGAUCAUGAGGAUUGUGCGCCACCCUAAUAUUGUCGAACUGAAGGCCUUCUACUACUCGAAUGGCGAGAGAAAGGACGAAGUGUACCUGAACCUCGUCUUGGAGUAUGUCCCCGAAACAGUUUACCGCGCUUCUCGGUAUUUCAACAAGUUGAAGACGACUAUGCCAAUGUUGGAAGUGAAGCUUUACAUCUACCAACUAUUUCGUUCUCUGGCAUAUAUCCAUUCACAAGGCAUCUGCCACCGUGACAUCAAACCUCAAAACCUCCUGCUCGACCCUGCAACCGGUAUACUAAAACUAUGCGAUUUCGGAUCUGCUAAAAUAUUGGUUGAGAAUGAGCCCAACGUGUCGUACAUUUGCUCUCGGUACUAUCGAGCACCCGAAUUGAUUUUCGGUGCUACAAAUUAUACAACCAAAAUUGGUAAUACUCUUACAGGACGCUGGCUUAUUCUUAAGACGUACACUAACAUAUUCCCAGAUGUAUGGUCUACCGGUUGUGUAAUGGCGGAAUUGAUGCUCGGGCAACCUCUCUUUCCCGGAGAGUCAGGAAUCGACCAACUGGUCGAGAUCAUCAAAGUCCUCGGCACGCCUACGCGGGAACAGAUCCGUACGAUGAACCCCAAUUAUAUGGAGCAUAAAUUCCCCCAAAUCAAGCCACACCCUUUCAAUAAGGUUUUCCGAAGAGCUCCGCAUGAGGCUAUCGAUCUGAUCUCUGCUCUGCUGGAAUACACACCAACCCAGCGCCUUUCUGCUAUCGAAGCAAUGUGCCACCCGUUCUUCGAUGAACUUAGGGAUCCAAACACCCGGUUACCGGAUUCGCGACACCCUAACGGGACACCCAGGGAUCUUCCAAAUCUUUUCGACUUUUCUAGACACGAACUCUCGAUUGCACCUUCAAUGAACAACCGAAUUGUCCCACCACACACACGGCCAGAACUUGAAUCCCGCGGACUAUAUAUUGACGACUUUAAGCCUCUCACAAAAGAGGAAAUGAUGGCACACCUUGAUUGA